GCCUUUCGCUCUUGAACAAUUUCCCCAGCAAAGGUCAAGACGGGCGAAAAUUCGGCCCCCUUGACUCUCUGUAGCUAGGAUCAGUUGCAACGACCAGGUUCAUCUCCGAGACUCAGCUCGCCCAGUAGGCGGCAUUGGACGGAAGCAGGCAAGAUGGACGACGACGACGGCAUCCUCCUCAACUUUUCGGUACCCGCUCAGGCUAGCGCAAACGGCAGUAACAAGAAACGAAAGCAGGUCACCUCUAGCAGGCCUUCGCAACGUAACAGUUCCUCACGGACAGCCGAAUUACAUGUAUCUCGUGAUCACCUUGCACGAGCUCCUAAAAAGGCAAAACUGAUUCCCCAUCCAGCUGUUUCUCGCACCUAUCGGGCCGUUUCUACUGGACUAGUACCCAAAACAGGCGGAUCUAGUAGCAGAUCUGCGACAACAUCUGCAUCUUCAAAAGACGGCCACGCGAAAAAGGAAGAAGUUCCUGUCGCCUCAGCUGGUCAUGCACAACCAAGCUUGAAUGCAGGGACGGGAGGGACAGUGAUCUCGUCCCUUUUCACUGGCGUCUCGAUUCCCCGCGCCAAACCAUCUUCGACAGCCAAGAAUGCAUUAGCACAUGCUCCUUCAAACGCACCACUGUCUGGGCCAGUCACCUUUUCCACGCUAGGGCUGCAUCCUUUGCUCGUACAAUACCUCAAAAGCGAGAAGAUAGGAAUUGGCGAACGUCCAACGGAUAUCCAGAAGAAGGCGUUGCCACAUCUUUUUGCUGUUGGCCAGUACACUCUCGAUGGCGAUGACGUACCGCUGAGCCAAUCAAAGCGGCGUGACGUGCUCCUGGCAAGCCAGACUGGCUCGGGAAAGACCUUGUCCUUUCUUCUGCCUAUCCUGCAUUCACUGCUCCCGCUCAGCAGUCUUUCGUUCAUACACCGCAGCAUCACAGGAACGCUGGCGAUCAUCCUUACACCGACACGUGAAUUAGCUCGCCAGAUCUACGAAGUGCUCGAGAAGCUUGUCAACCUGCCGUUGCGCCUACAGGGCAGCAGCGAGGCCGAAGGGCAAGGGGACGAUGGAGACGACGGUCCCCGCAUGUCGCGCUGGAUUGUUCCUACGCUGCUUUGCGGAGGGUCGACGAAGAAUCACGAGAAGACGCGCCUGCGGAAAGGCUCGUCCAUUGUGGUAGCCACUCCAGGCCGGCUUCUGGAUCACUUGCAGAACACAUCUGCGUUUGACGUGGGAAAGCUGCGCUGGCUUGUCCUUGAUGAGGCAGACCGACUCAUGGAGCUCGGAUUCAAAGAAACGCUCGAAGGCAUAGUAAAGGCCAUUGACGGUCGCCGGAAACUGGCUAUGGAAGCGGCCCGGGAGGCGACGCGCGCGCGUGAAGGCUUACCUGCAUCGGCAUCAGCCUCGGCCGUACCCAAGGACGAUGCAGAGGAGCUGGACUACAUGGGGGUGAAUUGGUGGGCUGGCGGGCGCCGAACCAUUCUCUGCAGCGCGACCAUCGAUGAGAAUGUUCAAAUCCUUGCAGGCUCGACACUGCGAGACCCGCUCGUUGUCCGGGGGCAUGGUGGAAAGGAGCCAGAGCAGGUUUCGGUACAGGAAAAGUCGGAGAAAUCGGAUGCUUCGCAGCUAGCUGAAGCUUCCAACUCCCUUGCAACAACAGCAUCAUCUGGGACGUUCGCAGCUCCUGCGCAGUUGCGUCAGCACUACCUCUUGGUGCCACCCAAAUUACGGCUGGUCACGCUCAUUGCGCUUCUACGGCAGGUUCUCUUUUCGAAGCAACGACCCGACGGGCGAGAAGGGGCGAAUCGCGUGAUCGUCUUUAUGAGCUGCACCGACAGCGUUGAUUUUCAUUGGAAUGGAGUUGGCGGAAUGACGAUGGAUGGUUCUGCCGACAGCGAAGAAAGAGAAGAGGUAGAGGCGGGACAUAAAGAGCAGGUCGCGCAACGGUGUGAGCUGCUACCUGGCUGCUCAUUUUACCGACUUCAUGGAAGCUUGCAGCAGGGCGAACGCAUUGCUUCCCUCCGAGCGUUCAGCAGCUUGGGCGAGAAGAAAGCGAAAAGGGGGAGCAAGGAGGGUGCAACAGAUGCAGAGGAAGGGGCGCCUGCGCCUGCUGAGGAGACUGGAGAUCAAGGCAAGAAUUCUGCAGCCGUGCUCUUCUGUACAUCCGUCGCCUCUCGUGGUCUGGACCUUCCACAUGUGGGCACGGUCAUUCAGCUCGACGCACCAACUGAAGGCGGUGUGGAGGAGUACGUGCACCGCAUUGGGCGAACAGCGCGCGUCGGCAAGGCGGGUCACAGCUGGACGAUGCUGCUUCCGCACGAGAAGCCGAUCGUCGAAAAGUACCAGGCGGGCAUGUUCAUCGAUGAUCAGCAGGGGCAGAGCUCUAGCGCGGCCAGGCCAGGAGACAAGAGACAGCGGCCACAGAUCAAUGAGGUUGACUUCAGAGACGUGCUCCUGGAAGGGUAUGGAGGAACGGCGGAUGAGUACGAGAAUCGCGCCACAGAUGUGCAGCUUGCCUUUGAGCGUUGGGUCCUGCGAUCAGAAAAGGCCGUCUCACUCGCCCGCCAAGCGUACCUUUCGCACCUGCGCGCGUAUGCCACGCAUCCAUCAUCAGAGAAGGCGAUCUUCAGUCUGCGCGAUGUGCAUCUCGGUCAUCUGGCGAAAGCGUUUGCGCUGCGCGAGGCACCUGCGACGGUCAAGAGCAAAGCGCGCUUGGCACAUUUGCAGCAAGACAGCGGUGAGGGAACGACUGCGAAGCGCAAGAAGGCCAAGAUGGCCAAAGCGGCGUCGGCAGGUACCAAUGGGCCCGCUGACGAUGGUUCUUCGGAUGGAGAAGAAAAGGACGGCCUGAUGAAGGGAAAGGCCAAGUUGGCUUCGAAGGCGGACAUGCUGGCUCUAGCGAGCAAGAUCGGCGAAACCAGUGGAGGUGGAGCCGACGCUGGCGUGAACAGCAUCAUGGUGCGCAACAAGGAAGCAGAGGAAAGGAUGUACGCUGCUGUGCGGCAGCUGGGAAAGAAGUCGAAGAAAAAGGGACAAAUGGGCGCUAUGGGUGCGGACGAGUUCCAGAUCGUUUAAAUCUGGCGCGUGUACUUCAUCCUCAGACCAAUUCAGAGACGCAGCC